CUGAAAUGAAGCUAAGAUUCUCAGCCAUAUAUGAAUCACGCACAUCUGAUCUCUUCUUAAGUAUAGAGUUUAAUUUGUAUGAAAUACAUGCCCGCCGACACCGCGCGCACCCAACUCUCCAGGCUCCUGAGCCGCCCUCACUGCCUAUAAAUGAGUAGAAUGGUGUGAAGAGUAAGGCAGAGGUUGAAAGAAUUUUUUUUUUUGAGAAAAAAGUAGCGUGCUACCCGCUUCAUUCAUUCAGAAGAUGAAUUAAGCUACAUGGGUGAGGCAUCAAGGUCUCUAAGGAGACGGAAAUAAAGAAAAGACAGAUGAUGUUUAUAGGUACAGAUAAUACCGCUAUGCUGUCAACAAGGCCUAUCUACAGAGGUUGAAAGAAUUGGAAGCAACAGCAGUAGUUUUGGUUUCCUUUAAGAACAGAUCACAACACAACACAACACAACACAAUGGAGUUCAAUUUUAAGGUCGACGACAAAGUUACAGGUGAAUGGGCGGCUUACAAGGGAUUCGUCGGAUCCUUGCGCAACAAAUUGGCAUCCGGCAGCUAUUCACACAAUCGCCCUGUGCUUCCCCCUCAGCAGAGCACUGAACCCAUCGAGAGGUUCCAUGUGGUACUGCAAACUCAAUCACGGAGCAUCACGCUGAGGAUUCGGCGAGGUAACCUUUACUUGGACGGCUACAAAAUGUGGAAUGCUGAUCAGUGGUUAGAGUUGGGAAGAGGUCCGGGACCCAACUUCCUGGGCUUCAACGGCGAUUACAAUGACUUGGAAAAUGCUGCCGGACAAACGGUGGAUCGCAUAAACCUCGGCCAGCCGCAGCUCGGAACUGCUGUCAACCAACUCGCUUCCACUACCAACCGCCAGGAGAGGGCCAAGCAAUUGAUUGUUGUGAUUCAAAUGAUAUGCGAGUCGAUCAGGUUCAGUCGCAUCUCCGACCAUCUGGCUAAACAUCAUGAGCCCGGUUCCCCACCCCCUGCUUGGAUGACAGCGCUGGAACACGGCUGGGGGAAUCUCUCUAAUGCGUUACUGCGCACCGACGCGGAUCCCACCCGUUUCUUUCUGCUCCCGCAACCCAAUGCCAUGCAAAUAACGACAGCUGAGGAAGCGGCUGCUGCACUCGGAAUCUUGCUAUUCUUCAACUAUCGAAAGCCAGCUGGGACCCUGCGCAUGUUGUCGGCAGCUAACGACAACAAUACGUCGACGUUGCGGCAGGGACGACCGAUGGCGGAGGUGUUCUGGGUGCGCAUCGACAACAUCGGUGGUGGCAGGGACCCUGCCCAGCUCCACGGCACCAUCGCGGUUGUGGACGGACUGAGUUCUCAGAACAUGUACGAUCGACAGAAGGGCAGUCCCGAAACCAUCUCUCCGGGGGGCAAGAUUUUACUAACCGGCCCUAGUAGAGCUAUCUCGGCUUACGAUAGCUUCACUGUGAAUCUUUCUCUCCGGAGUAAGGCUACUCCGAGUCGGGACGAUGAGGUAAUUAGUAAUGGGACGAUCGUGCGGAAUGUUUUUGACACCGCCAACAACGUCUUCGACCGCAUUUUAUAUCGUGAUGUUAAAGGAGCGCACGGUUCGGCAACAGCUUGCUACGCGGUGCUGAGUGAUGCGGUGGAGGCGACUAUAUCUGUUGAGCUCGUAAAUGCGGGUGGGAAAGAUCCUGCUGAAGUUUACGGAGAGAUUGCUGCUUCUUAUAGUAACUAUCCUUCUGGGGAGCAGACUCUGCUCUUUCGAAAGAAGAGAGAGGAGUACAUAAACGUAAGGCCUGGGCAACCUAUUGGAUUGACGAAAAAGACGGUGGCAGUUCCAACCAAUUACUCCCUCAGCAUUCGGGCGGAACUGUACGAUCGCCACACAACCCCUACCGGCGGUGAGAUCGCAAAUGGAGUUGCAGUGCUCCCUCCGCUCUUCGACGGAGCAUCUCAGAAGAAUAUUACUGGGCGGUACGGUAACGUUCUAGUGAAGGUGACCUGGAAUCCGUCAUGGCGCCCUGCCAACUAGCUAUGCUAGCUGGUAGCUGCAAGUGUUAUGUAUUCUACUAGAAGACUUAAAUAAAGUCAUCGAUCGGGCCUUACAUCGAUCGGACCUUCCGUUAAAAAUAUUAUAUAUAUAUAUAUAUAUAUGCGUGGUUGUAUCUCAUCUCAUGUGCUUCGCAUGGGUUAAUAUAUACUAAAUAAACUCAGUCGCAUCAAGCCUUCAUUUC